UCCCUGCCGGCCAUGGCGUUCCGCAGGCGCGCCAAGAGCCACCCGCUCUUCAGCCAGGAGUUCCUCAUCCACAACCACGCCGACAUCGGCUUCUGCCUGGUCCUCUGCGUGCUCAUCUCGCUCAUGUUCGAGGUUACAGCAAAGACUGCCUUCUUGUUUAUCUUACCUCAGUAUAAUGUUAGUGUGCCUAUAGCAGAUGGUGAAAUUGUUCUUUAUCACUAUGGGCUGAAGGAUUUGGUCACAAUCCUCUUCUACAUCUUCAUAGCAAUAAUUCUGCAUGCUGUGGUGCAGGAGUAUGCCUUGGAUAAAAUCAAUCGGAGGCUCCAUCUUUCCAAGAUCAAGCACAGCAAGUUCAAUGAAUCGGGACAGCUGGUAGCAUUUCAUCUCGCCUCCAUGGUCUGGUGCUUAUACGUAGUAGUAACGGAAGGAUACCUAUCAAACCCCAAGAGUCUGUGGGAGAGCUAUCCUCAUGUUCAUCUCCCGUUCCAGGUCAAGUUUUUCUACCUUUGUCAGCUGUCCUAUUGGCUGCAUGCACUGCCUGAACUGUAUUUCCAGAAGGUGCGGAAGGAAGAGAUUCCUCGUCAGCUGCAAUACAUCAUCCUCUAUCUAGUGCAUAUAGCUGGAGCAUACCUCUUAAACCUCACACGCCUGGGACUAAUCUUGUUGCUGCUGCAGUAUGUAGCUGAAUUCCUCUUCCACAUGGCUCGCCUUUUCUAUUUCACAGAUGAAAACAACGAAAAGCUGUUCAACGCCUGGGCAGUGGUGUUCGUCAUCUCCCGACUGUUCACGCUCACUCUUUCCGUGCUGGUCGUUGGCUUUGGGCUGGCUCGGGUGGAGAACCAGGCGUUUGAUCCUGAAAAGGGAAACUUCAACACUUUGCUUUUCAGGAUGUGUGUGCUGCUUCUGAUAUGCUUCUCGCAGGCCUGGAUGAUGUGGCGCUUCAUCCAUUUUCAGCUGCGGCGCUGGCGGGAGUUCUGGAAUGAGCAGAGUGCUAGGAAAAGAGCUGCGGUGACUGUCCAUGGGAAGCAACAACUGAAGGCCAUCAAAAGGGAGUCUGGCUACCAUGAAAAUGGAGUAGUAAAAGCAGAAAAUGGUACCUCACCACGGACCAAGAAGCUCAAGUCUCCAUAGAGCCAAAGCGCAGCGUGCAAGAGACGUUUGAGAAGAAGAUGGAGAACGCAAGAUUGAGGACUCGGGAAUAAGAGGCACCUUCCUCCCCUCUGUCCUCACAAAGUUCCACCUCAAAUGGCUUGAACACAAAUAAUGAAAAGAUCUCAUUCUCCCUCCAGACAGUUUGCAAUAACCAAAAAGCCCCUCUCCUUUCACAGAGGGGCUUAGGAACACCAAACAUUUCCCUCGCCUAGUGUAUUACCUUAUUAUGCAUUUUUCCUCUGUCUUUCAUUGAGUUUCUGCUUGUUUUCCUGCAUCCGGAAAUAUUUUACAAGUGAGUUUUCCUCCGAAGUCUAUUCCCAGCCCCCUCAUUCACGUUGCAUCGAGUGAUGCUUUGGCUUGGACAGAUGGCAGCUCUAGCACAUUACGUAUUUUGUUGCCAUGGGAGUAGAACUUUGGUAGGAUGUAGAGCUUUGGACCCCCUUUUGCACUCUCACAUAGGUAGGGUUUGUGAGAAAUGCAGUUUGAGUCGUGAUCAAGGAGUAAAUCUCUGUGGGGUCCUUCUCUAUCUAAAUGUUGUGAUUCUGUUACACAUCCAGCAAGCUUAGUGUAAAUGUUUAGGGUGGGCCAGGUCUUCACAAUGAUGGAGAGAUGCACCAACAGAACCCUGUAUAAGUAUGUUGUGCUAAGCCCAUUCUCAGAGGUCGACAUUUUAACUUGUGGCUCUGGUUAUGUUCUGGAGAGAUGGGCAGAUGCAGACCACCUUUUUCAUGCGCUUCAUAAAAUAGAAUUUACUGUUGUCUUAGGAAGAACUGAAUUCUCCUAAAACUCAUAUAGACCUGCUGGCCUGAUAGCUUGGUAUGUGUGUGGCAUGCUUUCUGUCUCCAGUGGCCAAGAGAAACUCUCUCAACCUACAGUGCCUUAGUGAAGGGAGAAGCUUCACCACUCUCUCAAAUGGCAGCUCAGGCUGUAGAUACUUCUGUGAUAACCUGUGACUUCUUCACUUAAGAAACAGACAGUUGCAUUAUAUUUCGAUCUGUUUUUCAUAUGUAACAGGUUUCCUUAAUGAAGUACUGAUGUACUCUUCAUGCCUGGGCCCGUCAUGUUUAAGUGGUCCAUCCAACCAAACGUAGGAGAGCAAUACUGUUUGCUUGUGCAAGACGGUCCUUUGCAUAUUUAUCCAGAAGUAAGACCCGCUGUGUUCAGUAGGGCUUACUUCUAGUAAUUGUGCUCAGGAUUGCAACUUUUGUGUUUCCUUUUUAUUCGUUUUACCCCAGGGGAUUUGUAUCCCAUUUUUGUUCUGGGUACUCCUCGUAGCUCCUGCGAAUGUUGUUCUUUCCUCGCCUUGAGGACUACGUGGGUUGCUUGCAUGCAGAAUGCUAGGGCAAUCCAAUUCCUGACACCAAUAUGUGGAUGAGUUACAAAUGUGGGGAGAGGAACGCUGUGUAAUGCAAUGACAGAGGGCAGGGGGGCGGGGGGGGGGAGAUUGCUUUCUGCUCGGUCAGUCACCUACUCCCAAAGGUGGUGGAUGGUAUUGUGUCAAAUCUACCUCAGAGGCCGCCCUUUUCUACGCAUCCUCUUGUUGUGGAAGCAAAACUAGCAGUGAUGGAAUAUUUGGAGAGAGGAAAUUGGUCCUUCCCUCAAAAGUGACUUAUGUGUUCUUUGUACUGCUGCACCGUUUGUGGUUUUCAGGAAAUGGCAUCCUUUGUAUUUGAGCUUGUCUCAUCCAGUAGGGUUAGUUUGAAUGCUAAGGUUUACUUUAUGUCUCAGUGCAACUGAAUCACCUUACUCUUUUUUUUCACCAGAGAAGCCUUCUGGAUUAUAGAUCAUCACUUAAAACAAAGAAGGGAUUGAGGCUUCUAUUCUCCUUUGCUAUGAUUGAUGGUAGAGACAGUACUUCCAUGUGGCAUUCAGUACUGCAUUCAUGGUCACAACAGCAUUUCCUCCUGGUUGAGAUAUGGUGAGGAUGUUUCUUUUAGCAGGAUAUAGGAAUAGGGAAUAGUGGCUUAUCCCACAGUGCUUCACACUGGGCCAAGUCACACAAUAAUCGUAGCCCGCCGUGGUUUAAGACACGAUGAAUGCUGGUGACCAUUUUGAAACUUGAGCCUCCAACAGAGGGUUGCUAUGGUUUGUCACGUCAUCCAAACCUAGGUGGCAGAGGUCAUUUGAGGGUUAACCAACCCUCAAAUAUCCCAUGGUCUUUUGUAGGGUUAUUUGAGGGUUGUUUAACCCUGAAACAGCCAGGAUGCACGGAUUCAGAUGAGCAACAAACUGGCAAACCCUGCUGGGGGUUGAAGAUUCAAAAUGGCCACCAGCAUAUGCUGCAACACACCAUUGCUUUAUAUAAACCACGGUGGGCUGCAGUGGACAUACAAACCCAGUUGCUGAAUGAGUGCGCCUUCCACUCUACUGAAAGUUAGGAUUCAGACUGAUGCAAGGAAACCAUGUGAGCAAUUACCUGCCUUAUAAUCUUUUAAUCACAUUCCAGAGUUGGAUUAUUUUAUAGUAAAUGGUGCAGGUUUCAAUUUCAGCUUGCAAGCUGAUCUGCACACCAUGUGCUCCACCCAGCCAAAUACACUGCAUCAGCCAUGUUGAUGCAUCCCAUCAGAGACUCUCUAAGUUGACUGGGUUUGUUUGCCUGCCUGGGAUAGUAAAGCGGACUGGUUGCCAUAGCUCCGGCAGACCCCAAUGCAUAUCUGUAUUCAGCAUGUAGUCCUGCCCUAAAGCUUUUAGGAGUGUUGCCUAGUAUGCAGAAGUGACCAAGGCUCUCUAAGCUGCUUAUAGCAUUUGCACUACUGUAGCAUCAUGUAUAUAUGUCUUCUCUCGUUCUCUUACAUAUGGAGGAGCUGGGAAUCAUCCUUCCCUCCGGAAACUUGGAAUGUCCAGAUCAGGGAUAUUCUGAGCUGAAGCCAACCUCACCACAUUGUGCCUGUCACUCCUUAGCUUUUGUUGAGUCCUAAAUAUACCUCAUCUGUAUAAUUUUUAUAUAGGAGUGAAGGACUAAGCUGGGUAGGCUAUGGUGCUAUGUAGGUCAGGUAGGUCAAACCAGCAUAACAUAGCUGUGAAACAGCUCCCUGUUGGUUAAGCCUAAUGGAAACCAGACCUGCCUUCCUUCUGCCCACCUCCUUCCUGCAAAUGAUGGCCCAUAUUCCAAAGAGAGAGAUCACUUUUCUUACUUGGGACUUCUCCCUACUUCAUUUUGACCCUGAGCUGCUUGUGAGUGAAGCCACCUUUACCAAAUAGAGCUUCCCAGAUUUUGUGGCAACCUCUAUCAUCAGUCUUCUGUCUUCCAAGGCUGCUCAGAGUAUCACUUUGAAAAGCCGCAGAAAAUUGCUUUCACGUGGCCCGAUUUGCUCAACUUCUUUCCUCCUGCACAGAGUUGUCAAGCCACAGUGUAGCAUAUUACAGUUUGUGCAAGUGCCUUACAUUGCAUUGUAGCCUUUUGUACCUUUUUAAUCUUUCAUAUGCGUCUUUCUUUCUAUAUAUCUAUUGGUGUAUUUCACAUAUAUACACUAGUUUAGUUAUUCAUAAAAGGGACAGCUUUUGCUGAACACAUUGCCUCAAUUUCUAUGCCUUUUUUAAAAAACUGUAGCUAGGUGUUCCUCGGUAAGCGUAACUCCUCAUUGGAACAAUUCUAGAUACCAGAUAAUCCACUCUUUCCUGAAACAUUAUGCAAAGAAAGCCGCAAGGAGUUGUUUUCCUGUUCUGUUCUUGAGGUUCUUUUGUGAUAAUCGAGGAUAAAAUUAAAUGUUACGUGUAGUUCUAUGAACCUUUUUUGGACUUUUUUUAAAAAUACUCUACGCUCAUUGAGGCUGUAUUUUGAAGCAGAAGGCGUGGGUGGGAUGGGGUGCUGUUCACACAACAUGACAGCCCACUGUGAGUUAUUUAACGCAUGGUGAGGCUGGGGCCCAUGCAGCCUCCAUGUGGAAUAUGCAAACUAUAUUUGGGGGUUGUCAUGUUGUGCAAACCCUGACAACCCCCAAGUGGGAGUUGGACACACCAAGUGGCACCCGUAGGUGUCAUAGCUUGUCAUGGGUUCAUUAACCCACGCUGAGCUGCAGUGGGUUGUCUGAACUCAGUCGCGUGCAUAAGGGUGUCUCCUUCACCCUUUCCUGUGAGGAUUCUUUUCCGCUGAAAGUUGCCUCCCCUCCCCCAACUUUCUGUCACGUUCAAAAGGGAAAAGAUGUAUUACAGUGGAACAGAAAGCAACUUGGGAAAGAGCCUUACAGAGACGGUUCCCAACCCUCGCCCCCUGCACUAGCGGUCUGGUUCAAGUCACAGCAUCAGCAGUCACCGAGUCUGUGCACGUAUCCCUCUUAAAAAGCAGAACUGCCCGUAACGCGUUUCCAUCUUGAGGGGUACGUAAUGCAUGGGAGGGGGAAACAGUGUAGCCUUGCUCCCACAGAAAUGGAAGAAGGUAUUUAUAAAUUGAGCUCUUGGUUUUCAAUUCAGUGUUACACCACCAUUGCCCUACACUUUGCCUCCCAGGUUGGCCAAUAAAAAGGGUUAUCUGUAUUUGUGGUUUCAUCGUGGGAGGACGAAAAGGGGAUGAUGGUUUUAUCUCUAAUGUGAUCAAGUUUCUGCGAUCCUUGUAAGGCAUGUGUGUUGCCUUUGGAGUUCUCAUGUUCCUCCUUUUCCUGAAUCAAUAUUGUAGGCUGAGGGGGAGGGAAUCUCAUAGUGCUUUCCCUGCCUGUUUUGUCCUAGGUGAAUCAGAAGAUAUGUAGCACAAUUCUGAGAUCUAACCAUAAACUUUCCAAAGUUCAGUAAACAGAUUUUUGCACAGCAGGGCAUUAAAAUGUGUAUUCUUGAAAAUAGCUUAGGUGUUUUUUUUUUAAGAACCCAUCUGGUAAAGCAAGUUAUAAAAACAGAAUUCCCUUUAAGUGUUCUGACCGUAUGUAUUUAGUGUCUGAUUUUGGAACAGGAUGUAGAACUAAUCAUGGAAGUUGCAGAGAGUUCAUUUUCAGUUUGGAUGGAUUUAAGACUCUGUUCUUUUUCUAGUACUAUUGGUGGGAACCAGUUACUAGGGCUGUGCUCCGCUUCUCCUCAGAUCGGAGAAGCAGAAGCGGGUCAGGGUGCUUCGCCUCCCCUUAAGGCAGAGGCGAAGAGGAUCGGGGAGCAGUGAAGCGUUGUGGAGUGGAUCGAGAUGAAGGCGGAUCCUUUGCCUCGAUCCAGGGCGCUGCAAAAAAGGUAAGGGGGGUUUACUUGGCCCUGCUGCUGCCGCCGCUGCCCAUACAGUGAUGGCAGCAGAGCCAGCUAAGGGGGGAGGGGGGUCUUACCUGGUCAAUCGCAGCCUGUCGCCGGC